AUGGCGAUUUUAAGAGCGCCCCUGAUCAUUCUCCUUCUCACCUUUUAUUUCUCCGAGGGAGUAGAGUACAUAAAGAAUGAAGAGCAGCCCCGGGGAGCUCUGGUGACCAUACUCUAUGGGACUGGCUUUGAGCUUGGGGUACGUGUUCUAGGCCAGUCUAUAAGAGAAUCUAAAACCACCCUCGAGUACGUCGUGAUGUGUACUAGAGACGUGCCGCAAGAAACCAUAGCAGUCUUAAAGAAAGAUGGCUGGAAGAUAAAGAUGAUUGAUCGUUUUGAUCCUGGAAAGGCCAAAUUUGAUGGCAGCAUCCACAAGAUGCAAAUGUGGACGCUGACGGAGUAUAAUCGGAUACUUUGGGUGGAUGCUGACGCUGUUUUGGUUCAAAACAUCGACCAUUUGACUCGAUGCGGAAACUUCUGUGUCACGUUUCGUCACUCUGAUCUGUUCAACGCCGGAAUAAUGGUCGUUAAGCCAUCGCUUGACGAGUUAAAGAGAAUCAUGUCGUUCAGUUCUCAUUAUUUCGAGCUUCCGGAUACAGAUGAGAAAUCAAACGUGGCGUUACCCAGCGGGCGGAACAUUUGGGGAGACCAGAACAUGCUUAACGAGUAUUACAACACUGUCUACAACCUUAAAGGGGCUAGGCUCUUUGAUCGAAAUGACCUUAAGUAUCAUGAAGAACCUCUGAGAUUAUCUGAAGGUUAUAACUCUGAUCUUGCUCUGUACCUGUGGUACGGUAAAUGGGCUGUUCCCGAUGAAGAAAGAUUCAUACUUCAUUACACAGCCGGUCCUCUUAAGCCCCACUCAUGGUGGACCUACCCUAUAUGUGACGCUAACUGGGUUUGGUACGGAUUCAGGCAAAGGUUACCAAGUAGAUUCAACGAUCCCUCAAUGUGGGAACCCCAUCAUUGGAUCCCAGUUAUAGUUGUGGCUUUGUUAUUGAUUGCCAUUCGAUUCCUUCCUGGUUUACCUUCGCUGACUCCUUACUGCAAGAGGUUUGUCAUUUUUGUCUCACCCGAACAAGACAACUGGUUCAUGCUUAUAACCCCCACUGCUGUCCUUGCACUUUCAUAUUAUCUAGCUUUCUGUCAGGUCCCGACCCUCAUGUGGCCUGGAGAGGCUUACGUCGUUUUUGGGAUGUGGACAAUUAUGUUUCUGUGCCUUUUCUAUAUACCGGCUUGCUAUAUUUCUUACAUGUCGAUUUCUUUUCAUUCUCGUGGUCUGCAUUCGAGAGCAAGUCUAGAGACACUGCUUCAUUUUGUGACGUUUGUUCUUCUCCACUUGCUGGUCUUGUGGAUUACUUACCUUGUCUCUCCUUUUCUUCGCCGAGCCCCUACGUUUUUUCUGAUGGUUUUCUGUAUGGUUGUCUACUUUCAUUUCGUUGGUAAGAGGAUCAUAAGAAUAUGGAACCACAAUUUAUCAAGGAAUACAAUUAUUUAG